AUGAAGUUCUCCGCCGCCGUCGCCGUCGCUUUCGCCUCGCUUGCCCUGGCAGCCCCCAAUCCCGAGGGCCAGACCAAGGUGAAGCUCAGCAAAGACUCCGUCGACGCCAUCAUCGCGGCCUACCCGGAUGUCCACAAGCGCGAUUGCUCCUUCGACUUCUCCUGCGGCUGCAUAUUCUGCGUGUAG